AUGUUCGUUCUGAGAAACGUUGGAAAGUUCAUCUUCGGCUCCAGUGCCCAAGAAGCGCUCAUUGAGCUCCCCCAGGGUCAGCUCUAUCUUGUUAGACCGCUCUCCCCGAAGGGAUACUCGGAGCUCAUAUUCAAGGACUCGGCCAUUCGCAUUCGCCGAACCAACCAGGACUUUCACUACCAGCUCGUCGUCCAGCGUGUGUUUGAAGAAGGCGAGGCCGAGCUGCUCGCUGAAGAAGAAGGAGAGGACGCCGAAAUCGAUGCUCUUGCAGCCGAGCGCGACGAAAAAACCUUCUUGCUAGAUGAGGCACUUCACUUCCGCGUGGAGAGCAGAGAGGGUGGGGAAACGGUCUUUGCGUGGAGAGACUUGAGCGGCGACAACGGUGACCUCUACGAAUUCGUUUGCGACAGUCAAGCAUCUUCCGCCCAAGUGGAGCAGUUUGUACAGGUCGCCAGACAGUGUCAGUACGAACGCAAGUACCGCAAGUCUCAUACCACCGCCUCAGACGAAGACUACCAGCAGUUCGAAUUCCACGACGAGAACCCAAUACCGCCUGCCAGCCCUCUUCAUAGCCCGGUGCUCGCCCGUUCCAUAGAGUCAGUCGACGACAUGUAUGCCAAGGCAAACACUGCUGCAAAAAGAGAACCACUUGCUGCCGCAAAGCAGCUAACACCUGAAUCCGAACCCAUACCCGAACCCGAGCCCGAACCCGAGCAUGAACCACAGAAGAGCUCACAUCCACCUGAGCCUGACUCUGCUCCAGAGCCACUCGAGAUCUAUGCCGCCGUUCCAGCCGAGCUACAUCUGUACGAUCCCCAGCCUGGACAUUUUGUCCUUGUCGAUGAAUCCGUCAUUGCGACGGUCUCGGAAGUCGGAACAUGGCAAUAUUGGCUGCAGAUCGAAAACAAGGACAAGUCAUGGAUUGGCACAUCUGUUGUGCCUGAAUUCAACCCAGUUUUUGACUUCGAGUAUCUCUCGUUCGUGUUCAAUCACUACAGCAAUGAUGCCACGGCUAGGUCUUGGUUGCUUAGAUUCAAAGAUCAACAUACUCUCGAGAAAUUCCAGGAAGCAGUGAUGCAAGCCAUCUGGGAGAGACUGAACGAGACCAAGUGGGCCAGAGUCCAAGAAAAAGAGCGCGAAUACGUGCUUGACGCGUUUGGUGAUAUGAACAUAAACGAUUCCCUGCCGCAGGAAGAAGCCGAAGAGGAAGAGGCAGAACUCGACGAAGAGGAUCAUGAUGAUGGUGUCCGCAGCGACGAAUAUGACUCGGCGGGAGAAAAUGACGAGGCUGCUGAAGAAAGAGAGCCGGGAGAGGUCAAUUCUCAGUUGGCUGUCGGAUACAAACACGACCGAUCCUUUGUCGUGCGCGGCUCCAAGAUUGGCGUUUUCUCUCAUACGGCCGAUAAUCGCUUAAAGUUCAACACCAACAUCUCCAAAGUUACCACUCCAAGCGGCAAGCUCAUGAGCCCCAAAAAGGUCAUGCUCCAUAGCGAGGAUCGGGACCUCAUCAUGCAAAACGAUGUGGAUCCCAACAAGUUGUUCCGCAUGGACAUUGAGUACGGCAAAGUUGUGGACGAGUGGAAAGUUCACGACGACAUUCCCGUAGUCACGUUUGCUCCCGAAAACAAGUUUGCCCAGAUGACGUCUGAGCAGACCUUCCUGGGUGUGUCAAACAAUGCGCUAUACCGCAUAGACCCCCGCCUGUCCGGCAACAAGUUGGUAGAUACGGAUAUGAAGCAGUAUGCCUCGAAGAAUGAUUUCUCAGCUCUGGCGACCACCGAGAAGGGCUACAUUGCUGUAGCCAGCAACAAAGGUGAUAUUCGCUUAUUCGAUCGACUGGGCAUUCGUGCAAAGACCCAGCUUCCUGCCCUGGGUGACCCCAUCAUCGGCAUGGAUGUUUCUGCCGACGGUCGCUGGAUCCUGGGUACGACAAAGAAUUACAUUCUGCUGGUUGACGCUCAGCAAAAGGGCGGCAAGAACGAUGGCAAGCUUGGAUUCGAGAAGGGCUUCGCGGCCGACUCCAAGCCACGUCCUCGCCGUCUGGCCCUAACUCCGGAGCAUGUCGCUCAAGUCUAUCACGAAACCGGAAAGGCCGUGGCUUUCACGCCGGCCAAGUUCAACGCGGGAGAAGGUGCCGAGGAGAAGAGCAUUAUUACCGCUACGGGGCCAUACAUUGUCGAAUGGGAUCUCAAGAAGAUUCUGCGCGGCACGAAGGCUCCUUACAAGAUCAAACGCUAUCAGGACGAAGUCAAGGCCGACGAGUUCAAGUUCGGUUCCGACAAGAAUGUCAUUGUUGCAUUGCCCAACGAAGUCAACAUGGUAGCCAAGCAGAGUCUGCGAAAGCCCACUCGCGAGAGCAUCAUGGGAGAUGUUCGAUUGAGCAGUGGCGGUCGCCGCAGCUCUGGGCGGAUCGGAAACAGCCAGAGUGGAAGAUACAAGCUGGGCAGGGACGACAUAGUCAAUUCGCCGUAUUGA